GGGAGAGGAGGAGAGGGAGAGAAGGAGAGAAGGAGGAGGAGAGGAGAGGGAGAGAAGGAGGAGGAGAGGAGAGGGAGAGGAGAGGGAGAGGACGCCAUGGCGGGCAGCCUGAAGGACGAGCUGCUCUGCUCCAUCUGCCUGAGCAUCUACCAGGAGCCGGUGAGUUUCGGCUGUGAGCAUCACUUCUGCCGGCGAUGCAUCACUGAGCACUGGAGCCGCCAACAGCGCGGCUGCCGCGACUGCCCCGAGUGCCGGCGAUCGUUCAGCGAGCCGCUGCUGUCUCCCAGCCUGAAGCUGGCCAACAUUGUGGAGAGGUACAGCGCCUUCCCACUACACGCUCUGCUCCACCCGCAGCGCGGCCCACACGCCUGCAAGGACCACGAUAGAGCCAAACUCUUCUGCCUCAGCGACAAGUGUCUGCUCUGCUUCUUCUGCGACCAGCCGGCCCUCCACCAACACCAUCACGUCACUAACAUCGACGAGUCCUACGAGGAAAUCCAGAGAGAGUUGAAGGAGCAGUAUGAAGCCUUGCAGGACAGCGAGCUCGGCCAUAAUCAAGCCCUGAAGCUUCUCGAGCGCCAACUCUCCGAGACCCAGUCCUCGGCCAAGAGCCUGCGGGCCACCAUCGCCGAGGCCUUUGACUGUCUCCACCGCUUCCUGAAGGAGAAGCAGAAGUCGAUGUUGGAGGAACUGGAGAUGGACACAGAGCGGACACUGACUGACAUCGAACAGAAGAUCCAACGCUACAGCCUGCAGCUGCGGGAGGUGCAGGAAGGCAUGCAGAUCCUGCAGGAGAAACUGGUGGAGACAGACAAGCUGCUCUUCCUGCAGGGUAUCAACACCACCCUGGACAGGUUAAAGGGGAAGAUCCAUGAAACCAACCUGACGUAUGAAGACUUUCCCACCUCCAAGUACAUGGGUCCACUGCAGUACACCAUCUGGAAGUCCUUGCUACAAGACAUCCAACCAGUGCCAGCCGCGCUGACCCUGGACCCCAUCACGGCACACCAGCGCCUGAUCCUCUCUGAUGACUGCACCAUUGUGGCAUAUGGCAACCUCCAUCCUCAGCCCAUGCAGGACUCCCCAAAGCGCUUUGAUGUGGAGGUCUCCGUCCUGGGCUCGGGCGGCUUUGACAGCGGCGUCCACUACUGGGAGGUGAUGGUGUCGGAGAAGACUCAGUGGAUGAUCGGCGUGGCGCUGGAAUCGGUCAGCAGGAAGGGAAAUAUCCAGAUCCAGCCAUCGCGAGGCUUCCAUUGUAUUGUGAUGCACGACGGCAAUCAGUACAGUGCGUGCACCGAGCCCUGGACCCAUCUCAACGUCAAGUCCAAACUGGAGAAGGUUGGCGUGUACUUUGACUGUGACAAAGGCCUCCUCAUCUUCUACAAUGCAGAUGACAUGUCCUGGCUCUACACCUUCCGUGAGAAGUUCAAUGGGAAAUACGUCCCCUACUUCAGCCCGGGACAGAGCCACGCCAACGGCAAGAAUGUCCAACCUCUGCGCAUCAACACUGUCCGCAUCUAAACAAAACCAGAACCCCUCCCGGUCCAUUACACUUAGUUAAGGUGAAGCCCACUUUAACUGGUGUAGGAGCUGCAGCAGUGACCAGCAUUACUAACCCAUCACAACCCUCUGGUAAACUGCCUGGUGGCACCUCUUCCACAGUUGUCCCCCCCCCACAUUCCUGCCUCAGCCCCCCCCUACUCUCUCACCCUGUGGGGUUGAUGAGGCCAUCUCCAUCCACUGGAUUUUGCAGCCUCCUUGGUUUUAUAUUUGGGGUUGGUAUAGUUAUUUUUCUCUGUCUUUUUUUGCUGCUGUGGUGGCCCAUCGAUGACCUCAAUCAAACGACCCAUGACCCAGCAGGAGGUGAGGGUUUGGGGUUUGUAGAAAGUGCCCCGGGCCUGCGUUUGCCUUCCUUUCUCUGCAGCGCAGUGUAUUCUCUCAGUCUGUGACUCCCUCUGUUGGAAAGGGCAAGUGGGUUUUACAAAUGGGUGGUGGGAUAUGGACAUCUACUCUCAGAUAUUCCAACCCAACCCAAUAACAGACUGCAAAAUCCCUACAGACCUGACUGUGACAACCUGCGCCCCUUGUUGUUGGGACCGGACCUGCGUCUAUCAUCUGUGAUUUGGGAACCUCUCUAUUAGAUUUAGAUUUUCUAGUUUGGAUUUUGUUUGCAUGCAAUCGUGGAUGAUCACGGGC